UUAUUGUUUUGAUGCGACGCUGUAAGUUUGGAUGAGUUCCAGUUUCGAAAGGCUCUCAAAGAGGCGUGUCUAGACAGAGUGCAAGAACACACCCAAUCACAUAACACACACACACACCCACCCACACACACACACUGAUUCUCUCUCUCUCUCUCUCUCACACACACACACACACACACAGAUUCUCUCUCUCUCUCGCUCUCUCUCUCUCUCACACACACACGCGCGCGCGCGCGCGCGCGCGCAGCAGUCAGCUCAGUCAGCUCAGCACCGCAGCGCUUUGCUGCUUGACUCCGUUCCAGACUUUACGCGCCGAGUGCACGCAUUUAAAGUUGUAUAAAUGUUUUGUAGCCUAUCGUUUGGAGCAUAUUUGUAGAAAAUGUAGCCGGAGCGAGAGUGCCUUUACUUGCCAUUUUGUCCGACUUGUUUCUGGGACGCGCUGCAGAGCGCGAUGGGAAAAGCUGUCCGCGGCUCGGUGUUGGCUCGCUGUACCGCCUGAGCGCGUUAUGAACGGGGUGCGGGGGGAAGACGCGGAUAGCGGCGGCGCGCAGGAGCGCUAUGGCAGCGUGGCGUAUGACACGGCGCUCAGCACGCUGCUUGCCGUGGCUGUGUACGUGGUGGUGAAGGGGAGCGUGGACGGGCUGCGGCAGUGGCGGGCGCGCAUCUCGCUGCUGGUGGUGGGCUCCGGGCCGGUGGGACUAACGGCGGCGCUGGUCGCUGUCCGCAGCGGUAAGGUCCUGAAGCUCACCGUGCUGGACGAGCGCACACGCAGCGCACUGCUCUGCCGGCCGCAGCAGAUUGCGCUGGACCCCCGCAGCGUGCGCUUUCUGCUCAGUCUCGGCGUGGACUUCGACAACAUGGAGGGCUGCUGGCACAACGAGCACUUCUUUACGCGGAUCGGCGUGUUUCAGGAGUACCUGCUCAGCGUGCUGGAGCAAAAGAAGCAGAAAGUCGACGUGAGAGUCCACUUGGGCACGAAGUUCACAGAUGAAUAUCUGAGGAAGAUCCCCAGUGGUGAAUGGCCCCGGGUUAUAGUAGUGGCUGACGGCUCUUGCGGUGACUCCUGCUCCGUAUUGUGAAUCAGUUCGGAGUACAUCGUAGAGUCCUGUCAUGCCUACGGAGCUAAUGCCACGAUAGAGAGACUGGACCAGAGACAGGUCCCCACACCAGAGAUCAGGGCUCACAGCCUGUACUUUGACCUGUCAGCAUACGGCAUUGAUGCUGUUAAAGAACCUCGCAACUCCUCGCAAACCUCAGCCAAGCCUGGUUUUCACCUGAAGAUCUACGGAACAUUUCGAAACCGAUACAUGGCCCUCGCCUGCACGUCUACAGACUCGAAAAUGCUGCGUUUCCUGCGUCACACGGCAAACUCCUCAAUAAUGAAGAACAUCUUUCACCAAUCCUUUAACGCAUAUAAGACAGAUAUUGAGCCACGGGUGAGUGAGCUGACUCUGCACCGCAUGCAGUGCAGCCGCAGGCUUUUCGAGAUCAUGCUGUCUCACCGGCGCAUCAGUGCAGCCUACAUUGAGGGCGACAAUGUGGCCGUCACUGUGGAGGGGGAGGCAGCCCGCAUGCUAAACUUUGAUACUGGUUGCGGUGUGAACCUUGGCAUGAGGGGCUUGGAGUCUUUGGGACUGUUUAUCUACAGAACUGCCACUGCUCAGGAUCAGAAUGAUGUGUUCGAAGCCCUUUCAGCCAAAAUCCAGCACUCCAAACACGUGGCUGAGACCUUCAGACAAACUGGUUUAUCUGUAGCCAUGUUUGAAUGAACGGAUGUGCGAGAGUUAGAUGACGGGGAAACGCUGUUGUCUCUAAAGUAUAAUAAAUGUCAUGGUUAAAGUGAAGUGUAUUGUCAUGCUUUCAUCAUAUUAAGAAUGUCAAUUGAUGUAAGUGGUCAGAGGAACCAGGGUUUGUGGAUAAGCUUUAGCUCUGUGAAGCGUGAAAAGAAAUUUCCUUGCAGUCAAUGACGUGUGUUGUAUGGAACAGAAAAACAUCUGUAGUGUUAAAGUGGAGGAUAAUGUGAUCUAAAACUUACAUUUAAACUUACGAUUACGUUCACACACAGUACCGUACUUUGUACCACUUUUUCUCAAAUUGACCAUAUGAACGUGGUUAUUCUUUUUUUUUUUUUUUU